GCGGCUGCGCACGGGGAUUGGGCCGGCGGCAGCGGCGGGGCCUUCCGGGGGGCCGGAGGAAGGCGGCGGCCGGAGUGUCUGUUGUGGGGCGUCCGUGGGGGAGAGAUCAAAAAAGCAGAGACUGAAUCUACAUGAAGAUCUAUUUCCACAGAGUGUGAUAAGGAAGAACAUUGAGAAAGGAGGAGUCUAUGUGCUUUGGCCACCAUGUCUGGAAUUGGCAACAAACGGGCAGCUGGAGAGCCUGGCCCUUCUGCACCUCCAGAGAAGAAGGCAGGGGUUGAAGAUGCAGGGACCACAGUCGAGACCAUUAAGCUUGGUGGUGUUUCUUCAACGGAGGAGAUGGACAUCCGGACCCUGCAGACCAAGAACCGGAAGCUAGCAGAGAUGCUGGACCAGCGACAAGCCAUUGAGGACGAGCUACGGGAGCACAUUGAGAAGCUGGAGCGUCGUCAGGCCACAGAUGAUGCCUCUCUGCUGAUUAUCAAUAGGUACUGGAAUCAGUUUGAUGAAAAUAUCCGCAUCAUACUGAAACGCUUUGACCUGGACCAAGGUCUUGGAGACCUUUUGUCUGAGAGAAAAGCACUGGUGGUACCGGAACCUGAACCAGAUUCAGACAGUAACCAGGAGCGCAAAGAUGAGAGGGAACGAGGCGAAGGACCAGAGCCAGCAUUCUCCUUCCUAGCCACUCUAGCCAGCAGCACUAGUGAGGAGAUAGAAUCUCAGCUGCAGGAGCGUGUAGAAUCCUCCCGCCGUGCUGUCGCCCAGAUUGUGACGAUGUAUGACAAGCUGCAGGAGAAAGUGGAUGUGCUGUCGCACAAGCUGAACAGUGGAGAUAUUACAUUGAUGGAAGAAGCAGUCCUGGAGCUUAAUACCUAUCUUUCACAUGAAAAUGGACGGCUGCAGGAGCUGGCUGAUGUUCUCCAGGAAAGACAUCGAAUCAUGUCUCAGGAGUUCUCCAAGCUGCAAGAGAGAGUGGAGACAGCAGAAUCUCGGGUGUCUGUUCUGGAGACCAUGAUUGAUGACCUUCAGUGGGAUAUUGACAAGAUACGCAAGAGAGAGCAGAGGCUCAACCGGCACUUAGCAGAUGUUCUGGAACGAGUAAAUUCCAAAGGCUACAAAGUGUAUGGAGCUGGGAGCAACCUCUAUGGGGGCACAAUCACCAUCAAUGCCCGCAAGUUUGAGGAGAUGAAUGCAGAGCUGGAAGAGAAUAAAGAGCUUGCUGGGAAUCGCCUCAAUGAGUUGGAGGAACUACGCCAGGAUCUUGAGGAAGUAACAACACAGAAUGAAAAACUCAAGGUUGAGCUGCGACGAGCAGUGGAAGAGGCUGUGAAGGAGACCCCAGAAUAUCGCUGCAUGCAGUCUCAGUUUUCUGUUCUGUAUAAUGAGAGUCUCCAGCUGAAGGCACAUCUCGAUGAGGCCCGCACUCUUCUUCAUGGCACUCGCACCACACACCAGCGCCAAGUGGAACUAAUUGAGAGGGACGAAGUCAGUCUUCACAAGAAACUACGCACAGAGGUAAUUCAGCUAGAGGACACCCUGGCACAAGUCCGCAAAGAGUAUGAGAUGCUGAGGAUAGAAUUUGAGCAGACGCUUGCUGCCAAUGAACAAGCAGGCCCAAUUAACCGGGAGAUGCGUCAUCUCAUCAGCAGCCUCCAAAACCACAACCACCAGCUGAAAGGAGAAGUGUUAAGAUACAAGCGCAAACUGAGAGAGGCCCAAUCUGACUUGAGCAAGAUCCGCUCACGCAGUGGUAGCACUCUCUUACAGUCCCAGUCCAGCACUGAAGACACAAAGGAGGAACCUCCAGAGAUCAAGCAAGAGCCUGAUGAUCCUUCAGCCCAGGUGCCUGUCCCCAAGGCUGUUUCUGAAGAUAUUAAUGAAGUGAAGGCCAGGCGAGAUGAAGAGGAACGGGAGCGAGAGAGACGGGAGAGGGAGAGGGAGCGAGAGAAGGAAAAAGAGAAAGAGAGAGAGCGAGAGAAAGAGAAAGAAAAGGAAAAGGAACGAGAGCGGGAAAAGCAGAAGCAGAAGGAAUCUGAGAAGGAGCGAGAGCCCAAGGAGAAGGAGAAAGGGAAGCAUGAAGAUGGAAGAAAGAAGGAGGCUGAAGUGAUAAAGCAACUGAAAGCUGAGCUCAAGAAGGCUCAAGAGAGCCAGAAGGAGAUGAAACUGUUGCUAGAUAUGUACCGCUCUGCCCCCAAAGAACAGAGGGACAAAGUGCAGCUUAUGGCAGCUGAGAAGAAGGCAAAAGCUGAGUUGGAAGAACUGAGGCAGAGGGUGAAAGAAUUGGAAGACAAAGAGAAAAAGGAGAGUAAAAAGAUGGCUGAUGAGGAUGCCCUCCGCAAGAUCCGAGCAGUGGAGGAACAAAUUGAGUACUUACAGAAGAAACUAGCCAUGGCUAAGCAGGAGGAGGAGGCCUUGCUUUCAGAAAUGGAUGUCACAGGCCAAGCCUUUGAAGACAUGCAGGAGCAGAAUAUCCGCCUGAUGCAGCAGCUACGGGAGAAGGAUGAUGCCAACUUCAAGCUGAUGUCAGAACGUAUCAAGUCCAACCAGAUCCACAAGCUGCUGAAGGAGGAGAAGGAGGAGCUGGCAGACCAAGUUUUGACACUGAAGACACAGGUGGAUGCCCAGCUGCAGGUUGUACGUAAGCUGGAGGAGAAGGAACACUUGCUGCAAAGCAGUAUUGGAACAGGCGAGAAGGAACUAGGUCUGCGAACGCAGGCCCUGGAAAUGAACAAACGCAAGGCCAUGGAUGCAGCCCAGCUUGCAGAUGAUCUGAAAGCUCAGCUAGAACUGGCUCAAAAGAAGUUACAUGACUUCCAGGAUGAGAUUGUGGAAAACAGAGUAACUAGAGAGAAAGAGAUGUUCAACUUCAAAAGGGCUGAGGAGGAUAUUUCUAGGUUACGGAGGAAAUUGGAGACCACCAAGAAGCCUGACACAGUUCCCAACUGUGAUGAGAUACUGAUGGAAGAAAUCAAAGAUUACAAGGCCCGCCUGACCUGCCCAUGCUGCAACAUGCGCAAGAAGGAUGCUGUGCUUACAAAGUGCUUCCACGUCUUCUGUUUUGAGUGUGUGAAAACACGCUAUGACACCCGACAGCGCAAGUGCCCCAAGUGCAACGCUGCCUUCGGUGCCAAUGACUUCCACAGAAUCUACAUCGGCUGAUCCCUUCACUGGGGUGACUGGAGGUUGCCACUUCUGCCGACCACCAAGCCUCCCUCAUUUUCUGGGACUUUCACCUUUGGGGCAGUCAGUCCUUCUGUCAGCUCAUCUGCAGCCUGUUCUGGUUAGGGUAUGGACAGGAGCAGAUUCUGGAUCUUGGUUCCUUUCUAGUCCCUUUUAUUUUAUUCUUGCCCUCGGUGUUUGUGGAUUCUUUGUCUCUCGGAGAAUGUUUGCCAUCGCUUUCACACUGCCAAGUUAGGGACAUCUAACUGAAGUCUUGCCUUGCUGAGAAGGAGAUGGUGGUGCAGCAGAGAUGAGGCGUUUAUUUGAGGAGUCUGCUUUGGAGGCCAAGUCCCAUCAAGGUAUGGUAGUGUUUCAGAGAGUUUCCCAGUUAAAGGGCCAAACAACAAAUGAACAUUGACAUCGGUAGAGUUCAGUGGAGCGACUCACACAUGUAUCUUCUGAGUAAGGACAACAGUCUGUAAAGGCUGGUGUUUUAGUAAAUAUCCUUCUGUCCCCAAAGGCAAAUGUACACCUUAAUACCCCAAAAAGGAGAAAAAGAAGACACUGGGAGAGUCUUUGAAAAUAGCAUUCCACUUACGAACCUUGGUUGAUGUGGACACCUUCCCUUAGGUUGAGGCAUUGCUGUCAUUAUCCUUAGUUUCCAGAAGAGAAUUUUUAGGGGUUACAUUGCUGCAACUUUGUGACACAGAGUAAUCUUGUAAUGCACAAUAUUUAAUAAAAGCUGUUGUCCAGGUUACUGUCCUGUUUUUCUUGCCUCUCGUAGUAUCUGUCUCUGCUUCUGUGCCUUGUCCAGUUAUUGGAAGCAUUUUUCACGAGCUUUAAGCUUCUAAAGUAGAGGAAUUCCUUCCUUCCUGUUCUCAAGAAAUGGUUAACUAAAACAACCUUUGUCCUUUUGGCUCUAUCUUCAGUACUUUACUCUUGACACAGCAGAAGGGCCAAGAUGCUGGAUAAUUUAUGUAGUCAUUUGUCAAUGGCUGCUGCUAAUUUUAUGAAAGGACGUGUCAUAGGUUCUGGUCUGUAUGCUGUCAGUGCUGUGAGGCUGUAUUUGAAAUCUGCUGCUACAGUCAAAAUGCCAAGUCAUUUAUUUAGAGCAUUUCUUCAUAGGAUGUAGUGUUUUACUUGUAAACUUACUUUUCUUGGAAGGAGUAACUGACAGAGGUUUGUCUGACCUGUAUCCCUUCCCUGAGUCAUAAAAUCUGUAUUACCUUCCUGUAUUUGCUAUAAGAAAUAAUAGAAGCAAUAGUAAAAUGAAAGCAAUUAAUCUCAGACUUGGAGUAUGCAGCAUUAUUUUUAUAUUUAUGAAAAGAUGUAUAAAAUAUGAAUUAAACCCUGUAAAUUUUGAUGAACCCAGAAGACACAUGACUUGAUCUUUGCAAGGGCAAGCUGGGAUGCUGAGAUGUUGUGAUAUGACUUCAGUUCUGAUGCAGGAUGUGCAGAAGUGAAAGCAGAACCCUCUCUUCUUGCACUGGAAGUUGUUCCCUGGAUUACAAUUUGUGAUGUCAAAUUGGAGAAAAAAUGGUGCGUUAGGAACACUAACGGUAGAUUUUCUGGUACAAACGCCUGUUCAUCAAAGCCAGGACCUAAGUUGUCAACAGGCAUUGUUUAGAGCGUUUGACAGC